UUUUCUCUGUUUCCACUUUCCCACUUCCUGCAAAAAAAAUUUCACCAAGCCCCAAGACUGGAGGCUUUUCUCAUGGUAGAAAAAUCUAUAGGACCCAUCAACCCUUUUUGAAUUUCCUAUACACAUCAUCUCCAUACAUUUGCUUACUGCUCCAUCUUCCCUUUCAAGGCCAAUCUCUAUUAGUUUGUCUACUUUUUUUCUUUAAUUUAAGCCAUUUUCUUGUUUCUACUCCUUUACAACAACGCCAAACCAAAGAAUAACGCUUCUUCUCUCUUUCUCUCUCUCUCUCUCUCUAUAUGAAGUAAAAGCUGUUUCUGUUUAACUUUCUUCUCUUCAUCAAUAUCUGUGAUGGUCAGAGUGGGAGCCUUGGUUGUGGUGGUGAUUCUUUAGACUCGGAAGGAAAAAAUGGGUUCUUGCGUUUCUUCCCACAAGGGUACCCCAGACUCGGCAAUAAAACUUGGAGUGUCGUUUGGAUCCAACACGGACAAUCUCGUGAUCCCAGAAACACCUAUUAAGGAUAAGCAUGUCAAUGGUGACCAUCCAAUCAAGACUUUUGAGGACUAUGGCAGCAAAGAUGAAACCUUUUUUGAUUCCCAACCUUGGUUAGAAUCAGAUUGUGAAGAUGAUUUCUUCAGCGUCAAUGGUGAAUUCACCCCAUCACGUGGCAGUACCCCAGUUCAUCAUAGCUUCAUCAUGGGGACCCCCAAGAUCAACAAAGCCUCUUUGGAAGACAGACUUCCUGGUGCAACACCUGAACCAUCUCCAGGGAAGAAGAAGAGACUAUCUGAACUAUUUGAAGAGAGUCUGAGAGAAGAAAUGGAAGAAAAGCAGAAUACUGAUACUGCCAAUGGGAAGCCAACGAUUGUUGAUGUAUCUGCCUCUGCUACACCUUAUCUCUCUGGAACCAGCAGUAUAUGCAGCAGUGAAAGGACUGCUAAUGGGGAUGCCUUAAUUGAGAGGGAGAAAUCAACCAAGUCUGGACAAUGUUGCCUUCCAAGCUUGAUUUCUUGCCGUAGUUUUAGUGAGAAGAAGAAGAUGAGUCCAGCUCCGGCUAUAGCUGUAAAUGAUGAAGCCUAAUAUGGGAGUGUUAGGAUCUCAACCACCUUGAGGUCAUAAGUUAUGUGCAGCCAACAAUUUCUAGUACAAGAGAACUUUGUUUAUAUGGAUCGAGGGCAUACAUAAGGCAACAGAGAGAAUAUGUAUAAUGUCGAAAUCAGGAAUUUACUGUGUCUCAAGGUGAGUUAUAUUACCUCCUGCAAGUGUGGAGGUUUUGUUUAGUUGUAGAGGGAUAUUACAGUAAGAUAUUUCCUGAAAUAAGAGGAUAAGACCAUAAAUUGCCCUUGUAAUGAUACCUAUGUUUAUAGAGAAAAAUGUACUUCGUGUGCAUGUAAUUAUUGAAGUUUUUUUAAGUUUUCGGAUUC